UCCUGGGGAACUGUUUUUGGCGCGCUCGUUGAGCGCGGGAAGGCGAGCCACCAACAAGGAUCCUCCUCCACCUCAUCCAAAGCCAGUUUCUUGCUCCCACCAUCGCCCUCGCCGCCCGGCUCCACUCCAGCAUAAGCCAUAUUCUGGGAAAUAGGAGUGUGAUAUGAAUAUUUCAGGUGGGUAGGCUCCCAUCAUCCAAUCACCUGUGGCUGCCUUUCCUCCACCCCCUUAGAGCUUGCAGCUUCACACCACCGACUGCUUCGACUUUUAAGGCAGAUAUUGAAGCAAAAAUCUUCCUCCACCAUUUGUUGCUAGACCAAAGAAAUCCAGAAGUCCAUAAACUGAAUAUUUCUGUUGGAAUUCCCAAUCCAAAAUGAUUACUUGUGGACCAGCUUUGUCAUUUGUUCGCCGCCUUUUCCGGAGGAAGAUUGUAACUUUGGACAGCCUUGAAGAUUCCAAAUUAUGUCGCUGUUUGUCAACCAUGGACCUCAUUGCCCUUGGAGUGGGAAGUACCCUGGGAGCUGGUGUUUACGUCCUCGCUGGAGAAGUUGCCAAAGCAGAUUCUGGACCUAGUAUAGUUCUUUCUUUUCUCAUUGCGGCCUUAGCUUCUGUGAUGGCAGGCCUCUGUUACGCCGAAUUUGGUGCUCGAGUUCCAAAGACUGGCUCUGCUUAUCUGUAUACAUAUGUGACUGUUGGCGAACUCUGGGCUUUUAUCACCGGCUGGAAUCUCAUUUUGUCCUAUGUUAUAGGUACAUCAAGUGUAGCGAGAGCAUGGAGUGGUACAUUUGAUGAACUCCUUGGAAAACAAAUUGGUUAUUUUUUCAAAACCUAUUUCAGAAUGAAUUAUUCUGGUCUAGCAGAAUAUCCAGAUUUUUUUGCAGUCUGCCUUAUAUUGCUUCUAGCAGGCCUAUUAUCAUUUGGAGUGAAAGAAUCCGCCUGGGUGAAUAAAAUCUUCACUGCUGUUAACAUCUUGGUCCUUCUCUUUGUUAUGAUCUCUGGCUUUGUGAAAGGUGACAUUGAUAACUGGAAGAUAACAGAAGAACGUCUUAUAAACUACACCGUGGAAGUCAUAAACGUAACGUUUUCUGAGAACAUAACAAGUGCAUUUGGAGUUGGUGGCUUUAUGCCUUAUGGCUUUACUGGAACACUUGCUGGUGCUGCAACUUGUUUUUAUGCUUUCAUUGGAUUUGAUUGCAUUGCAACGACAGGGGAAGAAGUGAAGAAUCCCCAGAAAGCCAUACCUAUUGGAAUUGUAACUUCUCUACUUGUCUGUUUUAUGGCCUAUUUUGGGGUUUCAGCUGCUUUAACUCUUAUGAUGCCAUACUACCUAAUAGAUGGGAAAAGCCCUCUCCCUGUAGCAUUUGAAUAUGUUGGAUGGGGCCCAGCAAAAUACCUUGUAGCAGUGGGAUCUUUAUGUGCUCUGUCAACAAGUCUCCUUGGAUCCAUUUUCCCAAUGCCGCGGGUAAUCUAUGCUAUGGCAGAGGAUGGGUUGCUUUUCAAAUGGCUAGCUCAAAUCAACUCCAAAACGAAGACUCCACUUGUUGCUACUUUAUCAUCGGGGGUUGUAGCAGCUCUAAUGGCUUUUCUCUUUGACCUAAAAGCCUUAGUAGACAUGAUGUCUAUCGGAACACUUCUUGCAUACUCACUGGUCGCUGCUUGUGUUCUUAUUCUUAGGUACCAACCCAGUUUGAAUUAUGAGCAAGCCAAAUAUUCAGCUGAAAAAGAAGCUCUCGCAGGACCUGAAAGUGAAUGUGCAAGUGAAUCUCAAAUUAGCAUGAUACCAGGGCACGGUUUUAGCUUACAAACACUGAUAAAUCCAUCAAGUUUGCCAACUGAACAGUCUGCUACAAUGGUUAACCUGCUUGUAGGUCUGUUGGCUCUCCUGGUGUGCGGCUUAAGCAUCCUGACCACUUAUGGGAUAGAUUUUCUUGCGAAUCUGAAGCUCUGGAGUAUUUGUCUCCUUGCAGCUCUUUCAAUUCUAUUUGUCGUCAUCGUUCUUGUCAUCUGGAGACAACCGCAGAGUCAGCAGAAGGUGGCAUUCAUGGUUCCUCUCUUGCCACUCCUGCCCUCUUUGAGCAUCUUAGUGAACAUUUACUUAAUGAUGCAGCUAAGUGGGGAAACUUGGAUCCGUUUUAGCAUCUGGAUGGCCCUUGGUUUUCUGAUUUACUUCUCCUAUGGAAUUCGACAUAGUGUGGAAAGCUGUCCUCGAGAGGAAGAAGAAGAAGAAGAGGAUAGCUGCUCAGAAAGAAGUGAAACGCUAGAAAAGGACCAUAGAAGAGAGGCAAAUGAGAAUGAAAAUGCAAGUGAAAGUGCUCAGUUUAUUACUGAUGAAAGGACAAGUGAAUGCUAAUAGUUUGCCAACUGCCAUGUUGUGUAUGCUUUACAAGCAAUGAAUUGUCACACAAUCUAGUUGCUGGGGGUGGGGUGGAAUGGAACGGCUAAAAACUUGCCAGCAGUAAUCUGCUUUUGCUUUAUGAAAACGUCUGCUAGAAAACAUGAAAGAUCAUCUGGACUGGCUGCUAGAUAUCUCAUCCAACUGAGAUCGUCCAUAUGUGCGUUUCUGAAGUAAAACUACCAAGGAAGUAGAAGGGAAGAAGCUUUCCAGUGGGCACAUCUUACUUGUCUGUCAUUGUUAAAAAAUCUUCAGGAUUUCCUUAUUUACAUCCUACAACAUCAAGUCAAAGAACACAUUGUAAUUAAUUUCUUCAAAGUAUCUAAACCUGGAAGUUAAAUAUUUUGUUGCGGAAGACCUGCGUUCUUGCAUUUGUUCUUUUAAUGUGGUAGUAGUCUUAGAUCGCCACACAUAAGUAGACUUUCUUCUGCUGCUCUACAUUCACAGAAAUGUUAAUUCUUGACAAUUUUCCAAAAUAAGGCCGAUUAGGUGGGAAGGAGGGGCUGGGGAAUAUAAAACGGAGACAUUUUGGCAUGUACUAGCAAUGCUGUAUAGUAUGUCUUUAUGAAAUAAUGGUAUGCAUUUAGUAUUGCUACAUUUUUACCUGCAGGUAAUGUAAAGCAUGAAUAUCCUCCUGAAAAUUCUUAUGUUCAAGAACAGUGUUUGUAAAUAUUAACAAAUGGAUAUAUUUCUAUAUUUGAAAUUAUGUUUUUAUUCAGUCUUUUUCCAAGUGAAAGUAAAUAUAGCUGCUGAAUUACAGAAAAAAUUAAGUACAGGCAAAUGGCAUGUAUCAAUGGAAUUUGGGGCUUUCUUAUGUACAGAUUAACCUGUUGAAUUGUUUGGUGAUGUUGCUACAUUAUGAACAGUCUAAGUUGUCAAUACCUGCUAGAGGCCUUUAACAACAAAACGACAUCCUCAGCUGACUGACUGCUGCAUACCCAAUUGUUAGAUCUCUGGCCAUCCAAAUAAAUUCAUAGUGCUAAGGAAUUUUAAACUUCCCACCUAGAAUUGCUUUAUUAUAAUAUUAUGGACACAAUGGUCUAGCAAUCUGUUUGAAAGUAACAAAUUGUGGUUCAUCUUAACUAUGGUUCUUUGAAAAAGAAAACCAAAUUAUGACUUAGGAAGCUGGCUUGUUUGAGCAAGUUGUUUUGGGUUCAAGUAUAACUAAAUUACGCUUUUAUCAAAAACAGAAGUAAAAGUUUUUAAUUUUCUCUGGAAAGGUACAAACUCAAGAUUUGCUACAUCUUGUAUUCUGCUCAGUAAAGCCUAUCAUGGUCUAUCAAAAUAUCCUGUUUCUUGCUGGAACUACCAAAUAUUUCUAUCCAUUUCAUCAUAACAUUUAACCCACUGCGGUGGCGCAGUGGGUUAAACCCCUGUGCCGGCAGGACUGAAGACCGACAGGUCACAGGUUCGAAUCCGGGGAGAGACGGAUGAGCUCCCUCUAUCAGCUCCAGCUCCUCAUGCGGGGACAUGAGAGAAGCCUCCCACAAGGAUGAUAAAACAUCAAAAAGCAUCCGGGCGUCCCCUAGGCAACGUCCUUGCAGACGGCCAAUUCUCUCACAACAGGAUGCUCCUGACACGACAAAAAAAAAAAAAAAAUCAUAACUGCACUAAUAUUAAUUAUUUUUCUACAGAAUGUUAAAAAUGAAUAUUUUUCAUGCUGGAGAGGGGAAGAAAGCCAAAAAAGUAACUCAUUUUGAAGUAAAGCUGUAUAUAUGUAUUUUGUGAUAGAUGUAGGCACCUUACUUAGUACUAAUCAUCACUGCAGGAUUGCAUAUUUUCACUCACAUUUAUGGCCCAUAGCUUGAUACUGUGUCCAACAGGCAAGUUGUAUUUGUUGCACAUCACUUACGAUAAAGGAGUAUUCUAUACAUGUCCAGGAUUUGGUUCUCACAUAACUGUACUUUUAUGAGGCAAUAUAUGUUAUAUGAGCCAGCCAAAGAGGAAGCAAAACCGUUUAGUUGUAUGUGCUUCCUCCUCCUUGUUUGAUUAGGGAAAAGUAUGUAUUGUCUCGCAAUUGACAAUAACAAAAUGCAACGGCAUAGGGGUUUUCACAAGAAAUCUGUGAUUAUACUGUCUCUAUCCCUUUUAUUGAGAAGAAAAAUCUCUCCUGAUGACAUAUCCCAAAUCUCCUGGUUGCCUGACUGCCUUGGUAGCAAAAGAUUAGGGAAAAGAUAACGAAAAUAGGCUAGUGUAGGAAUGAAUGAAAUAGAGCUUAGAAAAGUUUCCGAUUGUCUCUCUUUCUUUGAUUACAUCUCCCCAUAUACUUCUGCCAUGCUGUGGAAAUAAAAAAGUAAAAUGCCUGCUGAUCAUGUGUGAUGAAACUUUUAAGUUUUUCGUUGCAACUAUGGGGUUAGAAAACCAUAUUUAAAGUUAAAAUGGCAGGAUUCCCCCCCCCCCCAAAUUUUUAAAAUUUAAUUUAUCUUAAACUGUUACUAUAAUAAUAGUCAGAUACUUUAACAGGACACAAUAUGUUGGUAUCUAUGUUCCUUCAAGUCACUUACUCAAAUGUGAAUAUGAAUACUGUAGUGGAAACAGAAAACAAGUCUGUUGCACUGCUCUUCUCUGUUUUACCUCACUUCAUUUCUGAAGCCAGCCCAGGAAUACUGGGUUUAAUAAGAACCACAGAUACGGCAUCAACUCCAAAGAUCUAUUUUCAUUUGUUUUUUUUAUGUAAGAUAGGCUAAGGGACAGUUAUAUUUUCAUCUGUUUUUAUGCAUGCAGUCAAAGAACAUUUAUAGAAAUAAAUGUAAAAUUCUAAAUGGACAGUAUGAUAAGAGAGAAAGUGUUUUGGUUGCUGCCAUUGUGGAAUAUGAAUAAAAUAGUGCAGUAGUUAAUGUCUUGCUCUGAAUAGUGAUUCUAUUUGAAAUAUAUAUAAAUAUGCACACAUAACUGCAAUAGUUUCUUAAAGCAUUCACUUUAUUAAAAUUGUGAAUAAUGCAAAGUUCAGAGAUUGAUACCAUUUGUAUAGAUUUUAACCAAUUUUUUAAAAAAGCUUUGUUAGUGCUGAUUACUCCUGAAACUGCUGCAAACAAUGGAAACUCAACCAAAGGACCUAUCAAUGUAUAUAAGUGAUAAAACCAUACACCCACAGCAAAAUAUUCAUGAUUUGGAUUAUGGGCAUCUUUAAGAUGGAAUCUGUUCAAAUGAUAGAGAAACUUCUUUCAGAGACAUUACUGUAGAACAGAAUGGCCAAACUGAGAUUCUGAUGUUUGAAUGUAACUCCCAUCAGCCCUAGCCAGCAUUUCAGUGGUGAGGGAUGAUGGAAGUUGUAAUCAUUUGGUUGGCCACAUUUUGUCUAUUUCUUCUGUGGAGUCUCUUGUUACAUUUUGAAGAUACUGCUGCAUGGAGUCUUAUGGCUUGAGGAAAUAUUUUAAAAUGGUUCCGGGCAAUGUAUGUUCUCUCCAGGCCCAUAGCUUUCCCAUCCACAGUUAUAGAGGCCCCUUUAUAUGUGUGGAAAAAGGUAGCAGAAACCAAUUUUAACACUGACUGAAUGUUAAAGUUAUUUCACAUCUUCCAAUUUGGAAUUUUGACAUGUAAAAAACGUUUCUAAAUCUGGGUGAUAUUAAGGAAUAGAUAUUUAUACCUUUAUCUUGAAAGAAGUGAUAUACGAAAUAGGCCUUUUUUAUUACUUGGAGUAAUCUGGAUGAGAACCCACUUAUUCUAAUUAGCCCAAGAUUGCAUUUAGCCCAUGAAAGACCAAAAGAGACCCUGCCAGAAUAGUUUCUCUUAUUUAAUCUGACUGCAACCCUAUGAAGCAGGCGAGAGUUAGAAUAACUUACCCAGAUCUACAAACUAAGCUGUACAACUGAGUGAGCAAACAAUUUUGUUUUAACACGAAAUUAAAUGCCAUUUUACUUGUUUGCAAGUACACAAAAUCUUGUGAGUUUAACAAUCAUACUACUCAAUGCCCAAACAGUAGAAACAUCAAUGUUUUCUUUCUUGCAUUAUCCCUGUCUUCCUGUUGUCCUUUUUUUUCACAAUUCUGUAAUGCUCAACCUAAGUAUAGCUAGUUUUUACAAUCUAGAUAAAUGAUCACUUGUGUUUUAGAACUGAAUGUAUAUUCAGUUCAUGAUUACACUGUUUGUUUUUCAGAUGCAGCAAAUGAAGCAGUGUCCUCAGCAUCCCUUCGAUGUAAUUUUUGCUCAAAUAUUUUUGUAUGUUUUAGAAAAACAACCCAGUGUCUCUAUGCAGUUAGACAAACUAAAGCCUUUGGCUCAAGGUUGGCAGUAGUGUGUGGAUUAGCCAACACUUAGCAGCUUUAUGUCUCCGUGAUCUUAAUAAGAAAAUAAAAUAUGCUUACAGUUCUCCUCUUGCAACAACUGGACCUUGGGCAGACUAAUUCUGUUGUCAACUAAGGAAAGCUAUGAACUCUUGUUGUGUGCCUUCAAAUUGUUUCUGACUUAUGGUGACCCUAAGACAAGUCCAUCACAGGGGUUUUCUAGGACUGAAAGCACCUGAUUUGUCCAAGGUCAGUGAGUGGGUUUCCAUGGCCAAAUGGGAUUCAGACCUUAGUCUCCAGAGUUGUAGUUUAGCACUCAAACCAUUAUGCCACACUGGCUCUACAGCAGUGGUGUCAAACUUGGAUGUCAAACCUAGGAUGGAGGAACUAUAGUAGAAGGUCACAGCACAUAAAAAUGUUUUUGCGUCCUUUGAUAUUGUUAAAAUGUUCUUAAAAAGUGCUUACCUUGGCUAUGUCAUUAUAGGUAAUAAAUUAUAUAGAUAUAACUGUUCAUUGUAAUCAUGGCUAUCAUGUAUAUGUUUGCUGUGCACAUAAAUGGGGGAAAUCAUUUUUAAAUUUAUUCAAGAUGUUUAAAACUUUACUAGAGAAAAAUCAGAUUUUUUUAUUAAAAAAUUAAUGUACAUAAAUGUAUUUUUUAAAAAUAAAAUAUUUGGUGCUUUGGGCUUUUUGACUUUUACAAGAAAACAUCAGUGAUUUAUUAUUGUAGACUUCAAGAAAAAUUUAUACUGGUGCUGUUCGUUGUGAAAAAUGUUGCUUAUGACAAUGCAUGUGCAUUUAUUGUAUAUUUUUUAAAAUAAAGUAUAAAAGUUUA